AUAUUUGAAUGCGCGAAGAGCAUCUUGAGGUUGACUCCUUUACACUAUUCAUUUAUAACCACAGUUCAGUAAAUUGAGUUUCAGUUGAACCUCUUUUUUCAUGAUAUUUUUAUCUGUCACUCUGUAGAAAUGGAAACUAACAAUAACCGGAUGUAUUGGAUCAUCUCUACCACUCAAACUCGUACUUAAAGAGCUUCGAAGGCCUUCAUUGCUGUUCUCAGUUUGAUUGUGACUUUGUUAUUUUCAUUCACUUGUUAUUAUUUUGUUAUUGUUGCUGUUAAAUAUUAAUGUUAAUAUUAUUUGUUAUUGUUAUAUCAAGUUAUUGACUUGGUUAAGUUAAAUGUUUAUUAAAUGUUUCCAACCAUCAUCUAAUUGUUAUCUGAAGAGUUCAAGUUGACUUAUAAUAUUAUUCAGACGGUGAACCUAAAGAUUAUGUGAAGACAAAAACAAAGCAAAAAAUCAUCUCUAUACACACAAAAAUUACCGUUUGACUUUCAUUUAUAAUGAAACAUAUUUUACCUUGUUGUGAAUUUUGGUAUUAUUACUUUACUGAUUGUUUUAAAAGGACUAUCAAUUUUUCAAUUUGGGAAAUCAAUUUUGGAGCCUACUAAUCAAUUUAGUGUGGUGAACAAUCAUUUUUUGUAAGGAGACUUCUCUCCAUUUCCAUCCAAUAUGAAAUUUGGAUCGGGUGACUCAAAUUACAGCCAAUUAUCGUCCGAUUUAUCAUUAGAUGAAGAAAGAGAAGCGAUCGGACGUGAAACUGAACGACAGGCCUUUGCUCAAUUAGAGAAAGCAAGGAGCAAACCAGUUGCGUUUGCAGUUAGGACCAAUGUUGCAUAUAACGGUGGUAUUGAUGAUGACUCGCCUGUCCAUGGGUCUGCCGUUUCUUUUGGUCUAAAAGAUUUUCUUCAUAUCAAAGAGAAAUAUAAUAAUGACUGGUGGAUUGGAAGACUAGUUAGAGAAGGUUGUGAUAUCGCUUUUAUCCCGAGUCCAGUGAAAUUGGAAAAUUUGCGGAUCCAGCAAACUCAAGCAAACAAGACUAAACUGUAUGCCAGUAAAACAGGCUCAAUUUCAAAUUUUGCAGGUCGAGUUAAUAAUGUUUUAUCCACUUCACAAUCCAAUUCAAGAGGCGCUACUCCAACCCCAGAGCAACCUUGUGAUAAUCCCAAUGAUGACAUCGAAGGCCUUUCCAACUCACGGUCAGGUAAAACUGCUAUAUCUACACCUCCUGCCAGAGAGAAGCGUAUACCCUUCUUCAAAAAGAACGAGAAUAUAUCUCCUUACGAUGUUGUGCCUUCUAUGCAGCCUGUAGUCUUGGUUGGCCCCUCUUUGAAGGGCUAUGAGGUUACUGAUAUGAUGCAGAAAGCUGUCUUCGAUUUUCUUAAGCAUCGGUUUGAAGGCAGGAUAAUCAUUACCCGUGUAACAGCGGACAUUUCAUUAGCUAAACGCUCGCUUCUCAACAAUCCAAACAAGAGAGCUUUAAUAGAAAGACCUGGACCUCGUUCAUCGUGUUUAAAUGCGGUACAAAUGGAAGUUGAGAGGAUUUUUGAACUCGCACGCACUAUGCAAUUGGUUGUGCUUGACUGUGACACAAUAAACCAUCCUUCUCAACUAGUUAAGACUUCUUUGGCUCCCAUCACUGUGUUUAUCAAAAUUUCAUCACCAAAGGUCCUUCAACGAUUAAUUAAGUCUAGAGGAAAGUCACAAAGUCGAAACCUUAACGUUCAAAUGGUUGCUGCAGAGAAACUUGCCCAAUGUCCACCUGAAAUGUUUGAUGUUAUAUUGGAUGAAAAUCAAUUGUCAGAUGCCUGUGAACAUUUAGCUGAAUUUCUCGAAACCUAUUGGAACGCAACUCAUCCGCCAGUCAAAGCUUCAUCCAUGCGAACUGCCUCUUCCACCAUACCUAAACCUAUGCCUUCAGCGAGUCAAUAUCCUGAUGAAGGAAACAUGAAAAGACAACAUGGCCAUGAUUCAAAUCAAAUGCCUCAAGAAAUGACUCUUUAUCGGUCAAAUCGUGUUCAAGCUGUUUCAUCACAUGAUAUGCCAAGCUCAAGACCAAUUGCUAGUGAUGGUUUUUCACCUGAUAUGGAAUCACCAACAGGUUAUCCAAGUCAUCGUCAAAUGCGUUAUGAAGUUUGUACAGCUCGAGACUACAGUGCUAUGAAUAGAGAUUUAACUGGUUGGAAUAGUAACGUUCCUGGUGUCCCUGAUCAUGUUGAUGAACCAUAUUAUUAUGAUACAAUGGCUGCGUCUUACAAUCAUUGGUAUGCACGGCCUUAUUAACUGGAAUCAUGUUUUGGCUGAUUAAUACAAUGAAAUAGCUCAACUUUGAUGUAGCAUAUGUGUUUGAAUAUAUUUUCACUAUUGAAAUAAAUCUUAAAUUAAAGAUUGAGUACACAAUGUAAUUA